GGACUGCUGACCAGCCUCCCUGCCGUAUGCAGGACAAUGCACCCGGCAGAGCAAUGGGGACUACAGAGCACGUGCUGGAGGCAAUUAAUUAUCGGAAUGUGGCCAUAUCAAAACGGACACUGGGCACCGGGAGACUCUCACAGCGACGGAAAGUUGCAGCCCCUGGCACCGCCUUGGGGGUCUCCCGGCAGUGUCCAGCCGCCGCCACCCCUCGCCGACUACGGCUCUUCGGAGAUCUCCUCCUUCGCCCGCACUCUCGCUCAGUUCAGCGGUAUCGCCUGUGCCCAGAACGCCCCACCCAUGACGAUGCUCCUGGACGGAGGCCCGCAGUUCCCCGGGCUGGGAGUGGGCAGCUUCGGCGCGCCGCGCCACCACGAGAUGCCCAACCGCGAGCCGGCGGGCAUGGGGCUGAAUCCCUUCGGGGACUCGCCCCACGCCGCCGCCGCAGCCGCCGCCGCCUUCAAGCUGAGCCCCGCCGCGGCUCACGAUCUGUCUUCGGGCCAGAGCUCUGCGUUCACGCCGCAGGGCUCGGGUUACGCCAACGCCCUGGGCCAUCACCACCACCACCAUCACCACCAUCACCACGCCGGUCAGGUGCCCAGCUACGGCGGUGCCGCCUCCGCUGCCUUCAACUCCACGCGCGACUUUCUGUUCCGCCAGCGCGGUUCCGGGCUCGGCGAGGCGGCCUCGGGUGGCGGGCAGCACGGGCUCUUUGCCGGCUCGGCAAGCAGCCUGCACGCUCCAGCAGGCAUUCCCGAGCCUCCCGGCUACCUGCUCUUCCCCGGGCUGCAUGAGCAGGGCGCCGGGCACCCGUCGCCCACAGGGCACGUGGACAACAACCAGGUCCACCUGGGGCUGCGCGGGGAGCUCUUCGGCCGCGCCGACCCGUACCGCCCGGUGGCCAGCCCGCGCACGGACCCCUACGUGGCCGGCGCGCAGUUCCCUAACUACAGCCCCAUGAACAUGAACAUGGGCGUGAACGUGGCGGCCCACCACGGGCCCGGCGCCUUCUUCCGUUAUAUGCGGCAGCCCAUCAAACAGGAGCUGUCGUGCAAGUGGAUCGACGAGGCUCAGCUGAGCCGGCCCAAGAAGAGCUGCGACCGGACCUUCAGCACCAUGCACGAGCUGGUGACACAUGUCACCAUGGAGCAUGUGGGGGGCCCGGAGCAGAACAACCACGUCUGCUACUGGGAGGAGUGCCCUCGCGAGGGCAAGUCCUUCAAGGCGAAGUACAAACUGGUCAACCACAUUCGAGUGCACACGGGCGAGAAACCCUUCCCCUGCCCGUUCCCGGGCUGCGGGAAGAUCUUUGCCCGCUCCGAGAACCUCAAGAUCCACAAGAGGACCCACACAGGUGAGAAACCGUUCAAAUGUGAAUUCGAAGGCUGCGACAGACGCUUUGCCAACAGCAGCGACCGCAAGAAGCACAUGCAUGUGCACACCUCGGACAAGCCCUAUAUCUGCAAAGUGUGCGACAAGUCCUACACGCACCCGAGCUCCCUGCGCAAGCACAUGAAGUGUUGUCCUGCUUGGUAUCCGGGACAGUCUCUAAUUCCUGACGAAGACCUUGAUACUGACGUUGGUAUGCAGCAGCCAGCCCUUCAUAACACUACCUAUCCUAAAUGCAGGGUUAAUGCCGAACCUACUGUGCAAGAAAUGAUUUACUGAUGAGGUUUCAAAGAAAACCACAUCAAUUUGGAUGUCUGUUACCUUGAAGUGAUCAUUUUAAGAGUAGUAGCUUCUUACCUAGGUAAAAAAAAAGACUAUUUUCUUCUUUUGGUGUAUUCCAGUCCGUGUUGAGCAAUCAUUUGUGAAAUGGAAAAGCAAAAAUGCCCCCUCCUUAUCAGCCCCCCCCACACUCCCUGCCGCUUUAGGCUUCUAAGUAGGAAGAUGGAGGGGAAGACUGGCCUAACCCAGUGUGUAUUAUCUCAUGCAUUGUGUUGACCUUGUUGAAAAUCUCUUUGAAAUAUCUGCAUUCCACGUGUAGAGCUCAAGUGUUUAAAACUAGAAACACGAAUGCUUGUUUUGUUCAUUUUGUAUGCUUGUGUCCAAAAAGCCGUACCCAGGAUCCCUACAAUUGUUGUUUGACUUAAA